AUGUACUGGAUACGAGUACAACAUAAACGUACUGGUUACGAGUACAACAGUGCGCGCACUGGAUACGAGUAUAAUAGUAAACGCAUUGGAUACGAUUGCACCGGUAAACGUACUGGUUACGAGUACAACGGUGCACGUACUGGAUACGAGUGCAACGUUAAGGUACUGGAUACGAGUACAACGUACUGGAUACGAGUACAACGUACUGGAUACGAGUACAAAGGUAAACGUACUGGAUACGAGUACAACGGUAAACAUACUGGAUACGAGUACAAUGUUAAACGCACUGGAUACGAGUACAAUGGUAAACGCACUGGAUACGAGUACAACGGUAAACGUACUGGAUGCGAAUACAACGGUAAACAUACUGGAUACGAGUACAACGUAAACGUACUGGAUACGGGUACAACGUAA